AAAAGGGGCGGGCUCAAGGUGAAGCCCACCCCCUCCCGUUUGCCCACCUUCCCGUGAAUAUGGCGGCGGUCGACGGGAGUCUGCGCUUGGCGCUGGCCGCCCUGUGGGCCCUGGCGUCCGGGCAGCCGGACGGGGGCGAGAUCGAGGUGCGGGGGGUCCGGCUGGAGAGUGGCGGCAGCAGCAACAGCGGCACUAGUGGCGAAGGCGGAGGCCCGGUGCGGAUGGCGGGUGGCGCUAUCGAAGCCGGCGCUGGGGCCCGUUUCCAGCUGAGGGUGUUCGGCCGGCGCUUGAUGGCCGAGAGCUGGCCCUGGUUGGCCUACAGCCCCGAGCCCGAGUGCGGCAGCGGCAGCCUGGAGACGGCCUGGCUGGGCCUGGGGGAUAACCAGACGGACGGCUCGGUGCUGGUGAGCGUCCGGGCCGGCCUCCGGGGGGGCCGUUACUACCUGUGCGCCCUGGUGCACCGGGAGAGGGGCCUGUGGCAGCCCCCUGGAGGCUGGGAGACCCCCUUGGACAUCCGGCUUCCGCCGUCCCCGCUCUCAGUGUGGGGCCAGGUGCUGGCGCUGGCCGUCCUGCUGCUUGCCUCGGCCCUUAUCAACCUGCUGCGCCUCAGCGUGCUGUGGCUGGAGCCCCUGGAGCUGCACAUCAUCCGCCACUGCGGCACCGAGGCGGAGAAGCGGCGAGCCGAGUCGCUGGAGCCCCUGAGGCGGCGGGGCAACCUGGUGCUCUGCUCCCUGGUGCUGGGCAACGUGCUGGCCAGCUCGUGCCUGGCAGUGCUGCUCCACCAUGCAGUGGGCACUGUCCUGCCAGCCGUGCUGGCCUGUGCCGGCCUGCUCUUCCUCCUGGGUGAGGUGGUGCCCUAUGCCAUCUGCUCGCGGUACGGCUUCACCGUGGCCUCCCGUGCCACCUGGCUGACCCACCUGCUCGUGGUACUGGCGUCGCCACUGGCCCUUCCCGUCGCCCUGCUACUGGACUGCGCCCUGCGCCAGGACGUCAGCACCUGCUAUGUCCGUGAGAAGAUCCUGGACAUGUUGCGCUUCACCGACCCGUACAGCGAGUUCGUCAAGGAGGAGUUCAGCCGUGGUACGCUGAGGACCAAAGUGGUGGAGGACAUCAUGACCGGCCUGAAGGACUGUUUCAUGCUCAGCGCUGAAGCUGUGCUGGACUUCAACACCAUGUCUGAAAUCAUGCAGUGUGGCUACACCAGGAUCCCAGUCUAUGAGGGGGAGAGAUCCAACAUUGUGGACAUUGUCUACGUGAAAGACUUGGCCAUGGUCGACCCUGAGGACUGUACUCCUUUGAACACCAUCAUCAAAUUCUACAACCACCCCCUGCAUUUUGUGUUCAACGACACCAAGUUGGAUGCUGUCCUGGAAGAGUUUAAGAAAGGCAAAUCUCAUAUGGCAAUGGUUCAGAAGGUGAACAACGAAGGCGAUGGUGAUCCCUUCUACGAGGUGCUCGGUUUAGUGACCCUUGGGGAUGUCAUCGAAGAAAUAAUCAAAUCUGAGAUCCUCGACGAAUCAGAUAAUACGCAGGUCAAAGUGAAGAAAAAGCCUGCUCCCAUCAGCACUUCUAUUGAGCGCAAGAAGGAAGAAGUCUCGUUUUUUAAGGUGCCUGAUAUCGAUCUAAAGGGAAAGAUUUCACCCCAGCUUUUACUAGCAACUCAGCGCUUCUUAUCCAGAGAAGUGGAGUUGUUCAGCCCCUCGCGGGUCUCUGAGAGCGUUCUUCUCCAUCUGCUCAAGCAUCCCAGUGUCAACCAGGAGGUGAAAUUCAACGAAAAUCACAAGAUGGCCCCAGAACAUUACCUGUACCAGCGGAAUCAGCCAGUUGACUACUUCAUUCUGGUGCUGCAGGGGCGAGUGGAGGUGGAGAUAGGCAAAGAGGGUUUGAAGUUUGAAAAUGGAGCCUUUACCUAUUACGGUGUCUCUGCACUGACUGCCCCAUCCUCUGUUCAUCAGUCACCAGCCUCUAAUGUGAAGUGGAGUCGGCGAGACCCAUUCUCCAAGGACUUCCUGGAAUCUGGGGAGAGUGCAAACUUUUCCAUGUACUGCCCUGAUUAUACUGUGAGAGCACUAAAUGACCUUCAAGUUCUGAAGGUUACUCGGCUGCAGUAUUUAAAUGCGAUUAUGGCCUCGAGAAUACACAAUUCUUCACUGUCGCCAGAUACAUUUGAACUGAAAGUGAUGCCCAGCAGUCAAUCGAAGUUCCUCAAAGAUCAAAACUCCUCCAGAAGUACCAGCAGAGGUAAACCACAAAGCGAAGAAGACAGUCCAGAGAGGGAUGAUGGUGUCUAGCCUAAGAGAAUGUGCGAGGGUAUUUGACUUCUGUGUCCAAAGCCACACCACUUCAGUAAGCUGCGAAUGUACUGUGCUAGUGCCUGGCUGGAGCUAUGGCCAUCCAUUUGCUGGACAAACUGUAAUUUGUUGCAAAGUGGGUUUGGGAUGGGUUGGAGAAAGGACUCUCUUAUUUUUGUAGACUUUGUGCACCAUGAAAAGACGGUGGCGUAUAUAAUGCUAAGACAACUAACCGUGACUAAUUCCUCAGAUAGAACUCUUUCUGUGAUUUUUAGACUUGGAAGGAUUGCAGUAUAACAGACAAAAAGGUUUAUCAUCACUUUUCUCCCGUGGACGAUGAGGUCUAAAGCAGUUACUUGAAGACUACGGAAUGCAGAUGUGUUCAAGCAAUAUUGAAUGUGAAUAUACCACAGUUCUUUUGUCUUUAAAUUGUUUUUAACCCCCACACUAAGAGGAAUACUAUUUAUAGUAAAACCCUGGUUCAUGAAUUCUGUCUUGAGUUUCUGGUUGACAGCUUGCAAGUCUUUCAGCCCAUGCAAAGUCUUCAUUUAAGAAGGAAAGAAAGUCUUUCAUUUCUGCAGGGAUUUUUACUAUCUCAGGAUAUGUGAAAGUGCUUUACACCUAUCAAAGUGCUUUUGAAGCAUAGUCACUGGUGUAAUGCUGGAAAGCAGCAGACCGAUGCUCACUCAGCAAGAUCCUACGAGCCGUAAUGUGCAAAGGACUGGAUAAUCUGCUUUGAAGUUGGUUGGGCAAUAAUUGUUGAGUUUUGGCUGCGAGUGGAAGGCGGGGUAUAUUCUCCCUUUUUUUGAAGUACUGCUGAGAGAUCUUUGACAUCCCACCUGAGAGAACAGGAGCCGCAGUAAUUGUUUCAUCCACAAGCUAGGAUGUCCAAUUUUGAAGCUCUGCCUGCAGUACUACAAUGGCUUGUCAGCCUGGAUCAUUGUGUAGUUUGUGAUAUGUGGUUACCUGAUCAAAUUUUAAUAAUGUGGAUUGAACUGCAAGUGGCCAACAGACGCUUAUGGACUCCUCAACUCUGCUAAUCUUAGGAACAAUAGAUAUUAUUGAGCUAAAGACGGAGAGCUCUAUUCUGCAGUAUAUCCUUUGUAGUCAGGUGAUGCUCUCUUCAGGGUUGCUCAGAGUGGAUCCUUACACUAAGUACAAAGGGGGGACCAAGUACCAUAAGAACCGAUGCAUUCAGGGAACCAGAUGGGAAAAUGUUUUAACAAUCAGCUUUGAGACGCUAAGAUUUCUGCACAAUCCUUGCAGGAGAGGCUGUUUACCGUUGACCAGGCAGUAUACAUAUGCCAACCAGUGCUUUCAUAUUGAAUCACUUUCUGUCCAGAACCUAAUGCCUCAUUCAGCUGGUUUGAAAUUCUUCAUGCUUACCAAUGAAUUAUUGAGAGACAAAGAAAUAAGGAAAGGUCAAGAAUGAGAGUGUCUUUGGGCCACGGGUUCAUUCCAUUCUGUAAUCUGGAAUUAGGCUGUUUCUUGUGUUCUUUUUGGAUGGAGCUGAAAGAUUAGCACACGUUAUCCCUUAACAAGCACUCUUUGAAAAUUACUAGUUGUGUUAAACCUUCUGUUGACUAGACUCCCUGCUCCAAGCCCUCUGAGUCUUUAUUCAUCUUAUGUCUGACUGUGGGUUGGUGCAAGCCUUCAGAGUUGGUACUGUUCUCAGCAUCGCUGGUAUCUGGAAAGGGAAGGUGAAUCAACUUGGAGGCUCCCCUAGGAAGGAAGAAGAUUGCAUUUAAAUAGUCACCUCAAAGGCACUUCAAAAAGCUUCAUGGGCUGUGAGGCACCUUUGAAGCGUAGUCGCUGUUCCAUGUGCAGAAAUAUCUGGCAAAAACAUGAAGUGACAAUGAGCAUACUUUUUUGAGGGAUAAAACUUGACCUGGACAUAAGAGAGAGAGCUCCCAGAUCUUCAGAAUUACACCGAAGAUGUUUUGCAUCAACUUGAGAAUGGAUGGGUGCCUCAGUUUGACGACAGCUGCAAAGGUGCAGUGCUUCUUUCCUGCUGUAUUGAAGUAUUGUUUGAAAUCAUCAGGCUGGAGUCUCUAGAGUGGAACAUGAACUGACAAGCUAUCUAAACUUGCAUUCACCUAUUCCAUUAUAUAGAGAGCAUGUGUGACACGAUGCUGUUGGAGUGACUGUUUUCAUCAAAUGCUGAAUCCUGAACUCUGUCGUUUGAAAGAAGAUCCUGGAACUACUCGGCUCUACGUAUUUGGACUUCAGGGUACCUGGUUUGCAUUUCUGAAUACUACAGCGUAUUGAUCCAUCACUCGGAGAAGCCAACAAAAGCACACUGCCGUGUUCUGCAGUUAAAGUUGGGCUUGAAUUGCUAAGUGUAAAGUGAUAUUUGUGCCACACAGUUGAUAGUUACCACACCGUUGCCGUUGCUGAACACUCUCAAAUAUUGGCUUGUGGCUUACCAUUGACCAGAAACUGAACUGGGCUCAUGACUUAAGUACUGUGACUACAACAGGUCAGGCUUGGUAUUCUGCAAUGAGUACCUUGCUUCCUGACUCCCGAAAGCCUCUCCACCAUCGACAAGGCACAAGUCAGGAGUGUGUUGGAAUACUCCCCACUUGCUUCAGCAACACUCAAAUCUUGACACCAUCCAGGACAAAACAAUUUGCUUCAUUGGUACCACUUCCACGACCAUUGGCUCCUUCCACCUCAGAUGCUCAGUAGCAGCAGUGUGUAUCACCUGCAGGAUGCACUACAGAAAUUCACCAAGUUCCCUAGACAACACCUUACAAACCCACGACCUCUACAAUCUAGAAUGACAAGGAAACAGAUAUGUGGGAGCAUCACAAUCUGUGAGUUUCUCCUCCAAGCAACUGGCCAUCCUGAACUGGCACUGUAUCAUUGUUCCUUCAAUGUCACUGGGUCAAAUCCUGGACCUCUCUCCCUAACAGGACUGCAGUGGUUCAAGAAGGCUAGCUCAUCACCACCUUCUCAAGGUCAGUUAAAGGUGGGCACGAUAUGCUGGCCCAGUUAGCGACACCCAAAAGGAUGAUAAAAAGUGAUGGAUGGUCUGGCAGAAUUAUAGCAGAAGGAUUAUGCUACAGUGGAUGCAGCCAAGUGGUCAACAUGUUUCCACCUAAGCGGGGUAAGGUGUGAAUUUGAAUUUGACAAACCUGGUGUGUCGGAGCAAGUGAAAUGAACUCUGAAAUUAGCCAAGUUAUUAACUACCCAACUCAGAGCGUUUCCUAUCUCCCCUGUCUCUUACUUGAAGGAGAAGAGCCCCUGUUGCAUGAAUUCAAAUUCAGUCUUUUAAAUUAGAAAUGGCCUGAGUCUGGACCUAGAGUUCAUUAAUGCCUCAGGCUGGUCAUGCAUAGCAUUAGUUUUGUAGACUUACUUUAUCGUCUCAUUUCCAGUGAGCUUUUGACAGCUGUUUCUCUGACUGCCAUUACUGAAUUGUUCUGAAAAAGGAAACCCUGCCGCAAUAAGAGUUCCAGUUUAAUUUGAGUGGUUUUGGUGGGCUGCUAGUUACAAAGAGGUAGAUAUAAUGGAGAGGGAGGGAGAGAAGGUGGAUUCAACAUUUCUGCAGUAACGUGGGUCAGAGAGAGGGCUGGAACACUGCAUUGAUUCUUGACUUGUGUCCCUGCAUCUCUUGCUGAGUCCUCCCAACAAGGGGAAUAACAGUUAUUGUCUAAAGUCAUUGCUGACUUAAACCCUCAGACGAUCAAACAUGUGGAUGUUUCUGGAGAAGUGGCACUUGGUGAUCAGUUAAGACGGUCACUUGCUGCCUGAUUUGCUUCUCUGAAGACUUGUGCCAUCUUUGCAUCAUGCAUGCAGUGUGCUACUUGUUUAGGGCAGGUGCGUAAACCAUGAUCAAACCUUGCAUCUUUUUGAUCGGAUUUUCUGCAGAAUGUUGAAUGUACACCUAUGGCACGCAAAUUGCAAACAUGCAUAGCUGCUCCUUGUCUUUCAUGGGUAUUGGUGCAACCAAGACAGGUUCUGACACAAACUGAGAAGUCGCAGGUUCCAUCUCUACUUCGUGUAGAGGUAGCUGGCUUUGGGCAGGCACAUGGAGUGGCAUUGCUAUAAUCAGCCUGACAUCUCCAGAAAGGAAGUGAGAAAUUCACCGGGCUUUUCAUCUCCUGACUGCUUUGCAGUGAGUGCGAGGAUGAAAUCUUUGCAGCAAAGUCCCACAGUCAAACAGCGUCACUAAAGAAUGGCUAACUAGAUGAGGUGCAAGAAGCUGAGCCCAGCAACAGACAGGAGGGAUGGAAACUGAGAAAAAACAAAAACACAGAUCACACGUGACAGCUGAUCGUGAGUGUCACAGCUGAAAACAGAACUAGAAUGUGAUGAGGCACUUCCAUUUAGCUUUCUUGUCUCUCCUUUUCUCUCAAUCUGAUUCUGUUUCUCUUUGUUUGGUACCUCUGUCUUCUCUUUUAAUGCAAGCAAUAUUGAAAUAUUGCAGGCAAAAGCACACUGUCCAAGAUUACAUACUUUUUGAAUACAGCAGAAGUAAUUUAUAAAAUUCUGUUUUACCAAAGAGUCUAGGAAGAAAUGUAAGUGCCAAUUAUUCAGCCAAAAUCAGAUUAGUUCUUAUUCAAAACGCUUGGUUGUUUUCCCAGUAUAUCUAGAAGCUUCUGAAUCAGGAAGCAAUCAUCAGGUUUCAGAUAAAUGAUUUUGAGGGUUACUUUGUGCACUUGUGUUUUAUAUACAAACAAAUGUAUUAAAAUUGUGUAGCUUCUGGUACAUAUUUUUAAUCACAUUCCAGGUAAAUAUUUUUUAAUCAUUGCAAUUAAAAGGUACCUCUCAUUUGUAUGUACAUUUAUAAUGUAAAAUUGCAGAUAUAUAUUUAAAAGAGAAAUGGGUCUGUAUUGUGUUGUAUUGUACUGAUGGAGCUGUUGCAUUAGAUUGCAGGUCAGUUUAAUAAAUAAAUAAAUAAAAAC